CGGAAGUGGCGCCCUUGUCCUGGUUAGUUUCGUUCUCAGCUGUCAGUCCCCAGAACGGAAGUUUUAGGUCCUUUCAAAAGUGUUACCGGGUGGAACAGAGCCGCGGCCAUGGCGGGUCUGAGCGCCCCGGAGAGGGAGGGCUGCAGGCGGCUGCUGGCUCAGCUGGACACCGACGACCUGUUCUCUGUAGCCGAGACUGUCACCAACCGCCUGAUCCAUGUGUUCAGCAGAGAAGAAGCCUUCGAUGCGAUUGUUACAUAUAGUAAAAGUGCAGAAGAGCUACUGAAAAGGAGAAAGGUUCACCGCAGCGCCAUUUUUAAGUAUCUUGCUGCAGAGAAUGUCAACGUGCUGCCGUCAAAUGAGAAGAAUCAGCUCAUCCAAUGUGCACUAGAUCACUGGAGAGGUCCCAGUGUCCGACAUCCAGCUUCUCCAGAUGUAAAGGUCGAGAAAGAACAAUCUGAACCCGGGACCCUAAAUUGUCAGUUGCUCGGUGAACAGUUUUGCAAUUGGUUUUACCCUCUGCUGAAUUCUCAGAAUCCAUCCCUUAGGCCAGAGAAGGGCGACUGGGGCCCUCAGCACUUCUGGGAGAAUGCUGUACUGAAGCUGGCGUACAGAGCAGCCGAGCAGGCCGCAGAGGAGCACUACGGGUCUCAGAUGGCAAGUCUGCGUCUUCUUGCGCUUACACGAGAGGAGAGACUCAUAUUUAACCCCAACAUUGAUAGCGGAGGUUUAAAAUGUGUGUCUUCUCCUCAUGGGCCUGUGGUGGUGGCAGUGGCCGGAACCAUCCACAGAGACAACGUCUGGUUGGGAAUAUUUGAACAGAUUUUUGGAUUAGUCAGCUGUCCAGUUGGUAAAAACUGGAAGAUUAAAAAUGUGGACCUUAAAAUCCUAGGACAGAACUCAUUAACCUGCGAAGAGUCGCAACGAUUGCCUGCCAUAACCUUACACAGCAAAGAACUGGAGAUGUACUACAGCUGAACCCCUGAAUGUGGCCGGAUAGUAUAGCUGAUAAGGGACAUGCAUGAGGGCAGCAUCUGGUUGGCUGUGUAACCAGUGGGUUUCCUUUUGCACAACUUAUUUUUUGCAGAUUUAUUCUUUGCUGUUAGAAAGUACAAAAAUGUUGCGUUCCAAAAAAUGUAAUUAAAGAGGUUUUAUCAUAUUAUACGUUUAUGGCCUGUCCACAGGGUAAUUCAUACAUGUCUGAUAGGUGCAAGUCCUCACUCGCCUUUUAGCCACUGAAUGAAUGGAGAGAUGGCUGCAUAUGUGUGGCUCUGUGAAUGCGCCUCUACCUCUCCGUUCACAGCGAGAUGGCGAUUAGAUGAGCUCUGUUCUGGAGAUAGUCCCAGAGAUGGGACCUGCACCUUUCAGACAUUUAUCCUCUAGAUAUGCCAUAAGUGUGUAGAAUUGGGAAACCCCUUCAGGUCAGUU